AUGGCCCCCGUAGCCCCCGUCGCUUCCGUUGCCGCCGCCCCUCCCCCUCCCCCUCCCAGCCCGGCCGGGGAUGAAGGCCCUGACCCGGAUCCCGACCCGUGCCCCUCUCCGGCGGUCGUUCUUUUUACCCCUGCUGCUCCGGCCCCGGCGCCGGCCGCUCCGGCCCCUGCCGCCUCGGACCUGGCCGCUCCGGCCCCUGCGGCUCCGACCCCGACGCCCGCCGCUCUGGCCCCGGCCGCCCCGGCUUGGGUGGAGGUUGGGAGACGGCGCCGCCCGAGCCUGGAGAAGGUGGCUGCUCCCCCUCCCAGGAAGGAUGCUGGACUGCCUCGCACUUUCAAGCAGAGGACUUUUGGCCUCUGCUUUCGGCGCUUGGCAUCGGACCACUUCGUCGCGGGCUGCCGCGGCCUUGUCCGGUGCUUGGGAUGUGGCCACUCCGGCCAUCGCGAGCGGGAGUGCUUGGCACGGCAUCCUGCCGACAGCCCUGUGACUGAUGGUGUCGUGCCGGCGGCUGACCCCGGCGUGCCUCCUGCUAUUUUGGAGCCCUUGCGGCCUCUCCUUGCAGCUCAGGCGGAGGCGCUCGGCGCUGAGCUACAGGCCUUGUUCGCUGCUCGUCUUGAGGUGCUGUUCAAGCCUCUUCAAGACUUGGUUGCUGCUGUGGAGAGUUGGACUGCUCAAGUCUCAAGCCUAUGGGAACCUAUGGAAGCUAUCGGGGGCAGCCAAGACCUUGCCAAUGUUGAAUCUGCUCCUCCUGCUGUGGCCGUUGGUGAGGAUUGCAGUGCGCUUGUUGUGGCUGGCUGCUCAGCUGAGUUGAGUGAGAAGGCUCAGUCCAUUGAUGAUCCGCCUGCCUUGGAAAAGGUCAUGCUCGAGGAUGAUCCUCCUGACUUAGCUUCUGUCCUACCCGGGAUGGUGAGUCAAGGCGUGGAGGAGCGGGCCAAGGUGUCUUCUUGUUUUGACAUGGUUAUGGCUGAGGUGGAGCUUGUUGAGCAGUCGACACUGGAGGAGCCGAAGGUUUCCAGUGCUCCUUGCACCGGGAAGCCUUCAAAGGAGCUGAUCCAGAUGGAUGCAGAUGAGCCUCUUGGGAGAGCCUCCUCUCCGUGGGGGGAGUUCCUCGAGGAGCUUGCUCUCACUGUGUCGAGCUCGCCGCAAGUUUUGCAGGUGGGAGAGGCUGCCCCUUCUCUCUUAGAGCGACGAAGCUGCCGCUUGGACAAGAAAAACAAAGAUUGUGACAUUCCUGUAGCCAAGCGCGCGGAGUAUAGGCGGGCGGAGGCCUUUGGAGAGGUUCCAACACUCAAGAGCAAAGGAAAAGCAUCUGAAGAAGACCUGAAUGAGAAGAUGCAACACUAUCUGCAGAUGUACAAGAAGGAACACACGCCCAAGGCGAUCGAGGCGGUGCGCGCAUUAGUUCAGGCCAAUGCUUGA